UCUGCACCCUCUGCUCUUUACAUGCUCUACAUAACUUACUGACAGCGCCAAAAUGUGUGGGCGAUACGCACUGGGCCUCCGUGCCGCAUUUGUCCGCUACCAGCUUCAGCAACAGGGAAUGCCGGUUGAUGAAGCCCCCGACGACGAUGAGGCCCGCGAAACCUAUAACUUCCCUCCCGGAUCCUUUGGCCUCGUCUACCGUGCGGACGUUCCCGACCAAGGGGUCAGGGGCACCGAAGAAGCAGAAACCAGCGACGCUGCAGAGCACGACGAUCCAGCACAGCAACAAGAACAAGAACCCCAGGAGUCGACUGCACCUGCGUCCAGUCAAUCGAAGCACUUCAACUACCAGCUCAAAGUCAUGAAAUGGGGUCUGAUCCCCUUCUGGACCAAGCGCGCACCCGAUUACGGUUCUAUGCUUCGCACCAUCAACUGCCGCGACGACUCUCUGAUCGAGAACCGGGGUAUGUGGAACACGAUGAAACAGAAGAAGCGGUGCCUGGUGGUGGCGCAGGGCUUUUACGAGUGGUUGAAGAAGGGCCCAGGCGGAAAAGAGAGGAUCCCUUACUUCGUCAAGAGAAAAGACGGUAAUUUGAUGUGGUUCGCUGGACUAUGGGACUGUGUCAAGUACGAAGACACGGAGGAGAAGUUGUAUACCUACACCAUCAUCACGACGGACGCGAACAAGCAGCUGCAGUUUCUGCAUGAUCGAAUGCCUGUCAUUCUGGAUCCGGGGACAGAGGAAGUCAAGAUGUGGCUGGACCCGACAAGGAACAAGUGGAGCAAGGAGCUUCAGGCGAUUUUGAAACCCUAUCAGGGUGAGCUCGAAUGCUACCAGGUGGACUCGGCCGUAGGGAAAGUGGGAAACAACUCACCUAGCUUCAUUGUCCCGAUCGACAGCAAGGAGAACAAGAAGAAUAUCGCGAAUUUCUUCAGCAAUGCGAGUGCGAAGAAGCCCAAGGGAAAAGUCGAGGUGAAACCAGAACCAACCCAACUUGCACUUGAGAGUACUGGCAAUGAAAAAGACGCAACACUACCCCCGACAAGUACCCCCCCGGUUGAGGAGAAGCAGGGACAGAAAAGGCAGCACGAUGAUGGAUCCCAGGAAAGUCCUACCAAAAAGCAAGCAAAGCUGUCCUCUCCUACUCAGACUCUGAAGUCUCCUCCAUCCAAGACGACUCUGGGCAAGAAGCCCAAAAGCGCGACCAGUAACAAAGACAUGACUCUGAAGACUAGUCCCACAAAGAAAAUUGAGCCUGGAACACAACGAAUCACGAAUUUUUUCACAAAGUGAUAAUCAUAUUGAACCUCGAUAAGGGCCGAUCAUGCGUCUGCCAACCGCCGGUCACGCGCCAGGGACGUUACGAGAUCCUCGCCGUAUUCGACCUCAAUCCACUUCCCACCAGCCUCCUUGCGGACAUUCCGCAAAUACCGCGCGACAGACUGUGCGGUGUUUCGAAUCUUGUCGAAGCGCUCUCGCUCUUUCUUGUACCGGUAAAGUCGGCGCUCCGCCUCGAUAUCCUCGUCCUGUGCAUAGGAGCCGUGACCUAUCGCGGCAGGAGGAAUGGGUCUCCAUCCAACUUCCAGCACCAGAGUCUCGAGCCCGCGCCAGCCACUGUUCCAUUCAGGACCAACCUUUUCCCUGUUGGGAGGAGAUGACGAAUGCGAAAAGAAAAGACCUGUGCGAGGGGGAGUCCAUUCCAGCGCAGCAAACCAAUCCCCACAGCCUGUGAGAUCCAGCCAUUUCAGGCAGUAUAGGGAUCGGCUCAGCGUCCGGAGUAUGCCUGCUGCUUCUCGCCAGUCAUUGUCGAACGACGUAUAAAAAUCCGAUCCACCAUACACGACCGAUCUAGAGCCCGGUAUGUCGAUUAAGGCUCUUGUGGAUGCGGCGUUCGGCGUAAAUGUAGGCUGAGGCCAGUAUGCGAGCGAAAGAGAGGUCAAAGUGUUCAACUCACUAGCAAGAGAAAGUAGCGAAGCCCAAGAGGCGGCUUUGACGCUCGAUGGAGAGAUGGCGAGGGAGAGAUGCUUCAGAUUCCCGAAGUUGUGGACGGUUUUGGGAAGGGAACUGAUUGUUGGGGUGACCGCAGCCACGGCGUUGCUGUCCGCAUCAGCGUCCCAGCUAUCGGGCGUUGGAUCCAAUGUUCCAGCUCGAGUGUCUGUCACCGUCUCGAUCCGCGCAGGAACUGCGUUCUUGACCAAUAGAUCUCUCUCUAGCUGUUUCAAAGUUGUCCAAGCCCCUAAAGCAUUGCUUAAGUCCAG